GGUAUCGUAUCGUAUCGAAAUUCGUGUCCCUACAUAUAAAAUUCUUAGAUACAGGAAAAAACAUGAACUGUCAUAAAAUAAAAUGAGCCGUAAAAAUUAGUGUCGGGAUGAUUUUGAAUCAGAUUUAAAAUUAGUAUCGUAGUAGUGCUAAUUAUUUAUUGCUUAUCUGGGCAGCUAUUGCCCUAAACACACUUCAUACAUACUUGCAAGUUUUUGUGAAAUAGAAAUGUCCGAAAAUAACGAAUCGGCUUCCAAUUUUCGCUCCCAAUAUGAAGAUUUAUGUAGAGAACUCAAUAUGGACCGCGAAACGGAAGACCUUUCAUGGAAAAUGUUUGAAGAGGUGUUACAGCGAUCAACACUAGAGGGAGAUUCUUUGCACUGGUUUUGUUGUGCACUUUAUGCGGCAUGCAGAUUGUCUUACACUCCCACUGUUGGCGAGUCCAAUGCCAUUGUGAUGGGUAAUUGCAUCUCACUGAAUAAAAUGCUUCGAUGCUGUAAUAUAAGUAGUAUAUCGGAGUUCAUAUCAAAAAUUAAGGUAUGGCACGAAAUGGCUAAUUUACCGUGCAGUUUUCUUCGACAAAUUGAGAGAUUAGAAAGGACACCUGGGAUAACCUUUCACCUUUAUUGUCGGUACAAUGAUAUAUUUGAAAAAUUAUUCAUUUCAUCCCGAUAUGACAAAAAAAAUACAAAGUACAGGCGACCUGAUUAUUAAGACCAUUUGGGUUAUUAAACGGGAUAACUUUCCUAUAUGUGCGAUUUUAAAAAGGCAGGUCGUCGGAAGGUGAGGGAGUGCGGAAAAAAAACGGGGUAUGAAGACUGUUAGACAGCUGUAUCCACGUUCCCAAAGUGAAAAGCGUAGCCUUCCUAGAAUUCUAUUUAAAAUUUACUCAGAGUUCACUUAUUUCUGCGAAGGCGGCCCUCGCCGGCGCCUAAGCAUUAUAACGCGGACUAAGCAGAAUUCUCGGUUCCGUGUUGCCUCUUCUUUUGUCAAGUGUGUGAUCUUUUGCCAACGUGUAUUGGCUUUGUAACCAGCAAUUGAUGGUAUUUCAACAUAUUAUUAUUUUUAAUUAGUUAUUUAAUAAUAAAAACACUUUUUACAAAAGUGCGAUUCUUUAUCAACGUGUGCAUGCGAUGAACAUUAAUUUUGGCCCACCCAUUCCAACGUAACAAAUAAAACAAAAUCGCACAUAUAGGAAAGCGAAGUCUAUUAAACUCAAGUUUGUGUAAAUCAAGGCUGCAUUUAAAAUUUAUUUCGAGGCUGGAACAAAAAAAAAAUGACGCCCACCUUUCCAAAUUGAAAGAGCAAAUGCCAAGGAAUUCAAUGACAUGAUUGCCUUAUCCUCGGACUCCAGAGCUUCUCAGGCGAGCCUCUUGAAAACUGUGCAAAACACCGUUGAUUUUGUUUAGAAAAUACAACAACUAUUUAAAGUGAAAUAAAUAGGCAUCUUUUGCGCGGAUCAAAAAUAACCCUCAUCGGUCGAACUCCGGCUACGCUUACCACAGUAUUUUUGCGCAGAAUACCUUUCCGCGUUGGCGGCCUUCGUCUGCGCUUAGGUAUUAUAACCCUUAGUACGCAAAAUUAUUCUUUCUGUGUUGACUGCGAAAAGGGGGGACAAUGAUACACAGCCCAAUUCUGAAUACUCCCAGCGAGUUUGUUCUCCGGGAAAUGUGUCUCUCCCGAGAAUAAUUAACUCCCAGGGAGUAGCAUUUCGAACUUCGAAAUAUCUGUUGGACAUUUUUUGAGAGAAAAAACCUCCCAGGGAGUUUCUGUUUCGAAUCGGGCUGAUGGAAUAUUUUCUGCAUAUGAGUAUUCAAGAUGGCGUGGUGAUGAUAUAGAGCUGGUUUCUCCAACUCAACUUAAUUUAUCUGAUUUUUUAGACGUAGUCUAAACUAAGUUAAGUUGAGUCGGAGAAACCAUCCCAUAGUCUUUUUGCGCAGACCUUUCUGCGUAUGCGGCCUUCGAUGUUUUUCUAUUUUGAAGAGGCGUGCCUGAGGAGCCCUGCAGUCGAAGGAGAAAGACUCAUGUCAUUGAAUUCCUUGGUCUUGUUCUUUCAAGCUGGAAAGGUAAAUGGUGC